UACCAGAGGCAGGGAAGGGAGACGGGGAGACAGAUUAGAUGUGAUAUGAGGGAGUAUUGCUCCCUCUCCCACCAAGCUGCUCCUGGUGUUACGGUACAUGUAAUAAACAUUGAUCUCUCGCUGUUAAAAAGGGUGGUUCAUGUUGUCAUCGAGGGCUGGAGUGAGUGGGUGGUGCUGAUGCUUUGAAUGUGAAUGGGAAGUGGGAUAUUUAGACCCUCUGUCUCAGCCUCUCUCUUCAUCUCUCUCUCUCUCUCUCUCUCAAACACACACACACAGGGAGGAGGGGGAAGAGCAGGUUAAAUGAAACUGUUGCUCAAACCACAUGUUGCUGUGCGUGAUUGAACCACUGCAGCAGCUACCUUCCCUUCCUUUGCAUUGUACGUCUAACUAACGAUGUGGUCGCUGCAUGUGUAGCUCCUGCCACCUGUGGCAGCACUCUUAUUCCCUCUACGACACAGAGAAAGAACAAAAAAAAAAAGGAAAAAAAGGGGGAGCCGAGAGAGGUCGUGGAGGAGGAGGAUAUCUUUCAUGAUAAGUGGACUUCUGACAGAGAGAGCUCCUCGCUGCAUAUCCAGUUGACACAAAUGAAAGAAUCCUAAAAUCAGCAACAUGCCUGGACUCAUAAACAAAGAGAACCGGAGUGCUCUGCCACUCAGUGUGUCUGACAUCACUUCCUGUGUCAGGGGUUAUACUCUGGCUCUGACAGCCUCUAUGACCUAUGAAAAUAUUGAGGAUCAUGCAAUCGAAGGGAUCUUCAUUUAUCCACUGGAAGAAAACUCCAUAGUUGUAGGGUUUGAGGCUAUGAUAUCCAGUCAAAUUAUGACACUGCAAAUAAAAGACAAGACAAAAAUUGACGACUGUUAUCUGGAUUGCUGCAACACAUCUAAUGGAGCUCUCCAGAGUGGCAACGGUGUUACGGGACACAUUGUAAUGGAUGAAGAUUUUGAGAGGACAGUGUUGGUGGUUAACCUUGGGGUGAUCCCUCCAAUGGAGACAGUCCACAUUCUGGUCAGCACCUCUUCUGAGCUCUCCACUCUGCCAAGUGGGGGCAUCAGGGUCUCGUCCCCACCAGUGUGUACGCCUCGGGUGCAGAGGACCAUCAACGAGGAGCAGGGGCUGUCCCCAAACUUCUCCAGAACGCGGGACAGACACACCUGUGCCUUGAGUCCCCACGAUCAAACUCCCAACUGCCCUCAGCUGUGGUUGGCAUCACUGCUCGAGGAGGAUGCCAUAAACUCCAUGGACUACGAAUUCAACUUCCAGCUGGAGAUACGGGCUCCUUAUCUCCUUGCAGGCGUGGAGAGCCCUUCUCAUGCCAUCCGAGCUGAUGCAGACCCUCUGGCUCGCUCCGCCACCAGCGUUGUAAUCACCCUAGCUGACAAGUAUACUUAUGACUUCCCUGUCGAAAUCCUCAUCUACCCGAGCGAGCCUCAUCUGCCACAUGUGCUCAUUGAAAAUGGGGACAUGACACUGGAGGAGUAUGAUGAGUAUCUUCAUGGCCGGAGUGAUUUCAUCAAGGCCACCAAGAAGGACUCUAGCAAUGAGAGGAAAGUAGAUAUAAUUCACAGGAGACUCCAUAAGGACAUCCUCCACAACCCCGUGGUCAUGUUGAACUUCUGCCCUGACCUCAAGUCUAUCUGCUCAGAUCUGAGAAAGGUUCACGGUGAAUUCAUCUUCCUCAUCGACCGCAGCGGCAGCAUGAGCGGCGUUAACAUCAACCGUGUGAAGGAUGCCAUGGUGGUUAUUCUCAAGAGCCUGGUACCUGGCUGUCUUUUCAACAUCAUCGGCUUCGGAUCUACAUUUAAAUCACUCUUCACAACCAGCCAAAUCUACGAGGAGGAGGCUCUGGCUCAGGCUUGUGAGUACGUCAGGAAGAUCAGAGCUGACAUGGGGGGGACCAACAUCCUGGCACCGCUCACCUGGAUCCUGAGGCAGCCGAUGUUCAGUGGACACCCCCGCCUGCUCUUUCUGCUCACAGACGGGGCCGUCAGCAACACAGGCAAAGUUGUUGAGCUGGUCCGCAGCUAUGCACGCUACAUCAGAUGUUUUACGUUCGGCAUAGGACAGAAUGCUUGCAGGAGGCUGGUGCAGGGACUGGCUACAGUUUCCAAAGGAAGAGCAGAGUUUCUGGCCGAUGGGGAGAGGCUACAGCCCAAGAUGAUAAAGUCCCUGAAGAAAACCAUGUCUCCAGUACUCAGCGACAUUUCCAUCGAAUGGCUCUUUCCGGAAACCAAAGAAGUGCUCCUCUCUCCAGUGGGCAACACCUUUCUCUUUCCAGGGGACAGUCUGAUUGGCUACAGUGUGGUUUGCGACACCACCCGCUACCACGCCAACCCCAAAUCUGAUAAGAGGAGGCGAUACAGCAUGAUGCGCUCCACUGAGUCAGCCAGCUCGGUGUUUUACCACUCCCAAGAAGAGGACCCAGUGAAGACAGCUGUUGACAGCCAGGGGUCUCACAGGGAGGCACCGUCUCUUGCUCUGUACGACUACUACCAGGACUCCAUGACAGCCAGCAGUCCUGUCACCACAGAGCAAGACCCCAUGGGUUUAGAUAAGACAUCACCAAGAAGGCGUGCGUACAGUACCAACCAGAUAACAGAGUACAACCCAGCAAAGAAGAUCUACACUCCCAGUGACCCCAGCUCUAUUGUGGCGAAGAAUCCACUGAGGAGGGCCAAAGUCCAGGAGCUGAUUGGCCAGAUGAGCCCUGAACACGAGACGCAGUGGAAGAAUGACUACCAGCCACAGCUGGCAAGCCUGUGUGCCGCAACUUCCAGAGGGCAUCCUGCCAGCUGUCACAGACCGCUCCCUCAGCAGGGGCUAGCUCUGCAGCAGGACACUGAGCCUCAUUUCCAUCCCCAGCCGCAGGACAACCCCGUGCCCAGCGGCAGCAGUGUGCCACCGCCGACUCACAGCGCACCUGGGGAAGACGGAUCCAGAUCAUCCACAGACAGCCCGUCUGUUGGCAGCAUCGGAGAUUCAGAUGGUUAUGGACACCAGUUAUGUCAAGCAGAAACCCCACAGGAGAGUCAAACUUCAGAUCUGGCCGCUGCCAACCGCCAGAAAUGCGACUGCAAGGCUGUGGUGUCCGGGCUCCUGUGUGGGAAACCGAUGAAGUGGGAGGUGGUCUUUGACAUUGAGCCAUUUCUGAGUGGCCGGGAACGCGAGGAGAAGGUUCACGAGGAGCUGUGGAACGAGACCUUCCACCAUCUGGCCGGACGCUCUAUCAUACACGACUUUGAGCACAUGGCGGAUAAGGAGUGCGAGAUUGAGCAUGGUUCUGGCAGGAAGUACCAGCUAUAUGCCAUUCACACCAGUAAAGCCUGCAAUAUACUGAGCAAAUACACUGCGUUUGUUCCCAUCGACCUUGACACCAAUGAAUAUUUGCCAACAUGUAUUGACUACAUAAAUCCUGGUGAAGGUCUGAAGAGGGGUUCACAGUCCAGGUCUCGCUCAGGGAGCAGGAAGAACAGAGGUUACUCCAUCGGGCUGGGCCGCUCUCAGUCUGGAGGCAUGUCGGAGGAAGCUGAAGACGUAAUGCUGCCCAACAACGGAGAAGACGCCGCCUCUCCAUGCAGCACCCCCUCCUCCUCUGGCUGGGAGAGAUGCAGCUUCACGGAGGGUAAGAGUAAGACAUCAAUCGUUUCUCAAAGGAGUCCGUCUGUGACCUCCGACCAGUCACAGAAAUCGGUCGAGAGCCUUUUUUCAGCCAGGCUGGCUCUCAGCAGGACUCGCCUCCUGACUCGAGCCGCCAAAGGAUUCAUGUGUCGAUCUCACAGCAAGUCCGGUGAUUCAAUCGGAGAGAGUGACAACGAGAACAAAGACUACAUUCCUCUGGUGUUGUUGCAGUUGGCUAGCGGUGCAUUUUCCCUGGAUGCCGCUCUGUGUGAUGCCAUUAAUGUGCCCAUGGACAAGCUAAAGUGGACGUCUCCCUUCGCCAGCCAUCGCACCACCCUGGGCCACCUGUCGCACUCCAGCAGCCGCCGCGCCGACAGCGCCGAUGACGGAUGCAGAUCACCAUCUGAGGCAGAAACAUAUCAGCAAUCUGCAGAGCACACUGUAGGCAUCUACAGUCCUUGUCAUUUGUCCAGGAGUUCCUGGGCGGAUGCCGGCCCCUCCCCGUUAGCCAGUCCGUCGACUGCUGCCGAGCCCUCGCACUCCGAGGUGGAUAAUGCACGGAGCUCCGGGUCCGGGGGCAUGGAAACAGCAUGCUCUGGCAGCGCGCUGAAGAGGACCCUGGAUCCAGAAAGCAUGGUGUGGGCCACAGCAGUGGCCCUCGCCUGGUUGGAGCACAGCUCUGCCAGUUAUUUCAUAGAGUGGGAACUGGUGGCUGCCAAAGCCAGCAUGUGGCUCAGCGCGCAGUGCAUCCCAGAAGGCCGAGACUUGGCCUCCAUCAAAGCUGCAGCCAAUCAGCUCUUCAUCAUCCUCAGACACUGGGAUGAAAACUUGCAACUGAACAUGCUCUGUUACAACCCUAACAGUGUCUGAGGCCUGCAGGUUGUCCAUCCCACAUGAUACUAUGCUAACGAGGCUGUGCUAUUCUUUGUCCAGAAGUAUGUCCUCUGGAGUCUGAUUUUGCCGUUGCAGUUGUGAACAGUGUGUAUUUUCUUCUGUUUGUGUGCUGUUCCUCCAAACAUAUCAGACAGAGGCAUUAUGUGCAAGCUAAUACCUCGCUGGUGCCAUAUAUAGUAGCUAGAUUCCUGUUAGCAAGGGAUCCGUCAGAGUUAUGCCACAGAUUUUAUUUCCAAGAAGAAGAAUGUCAGUGUCAAAGUCGUAGCAUGCUGGACCAUUGAGCAUCAAAAGCUAUUAAAAGCUGUACAUCAUCAUAUUGAUGUUAUUGGGAGAAUGCGGCAAACAAUGGUAAGAGAAUUGUGUUCCACUGAUUGUUGUUUUUCUGAAUUAACUGUAUUGUGGUAAAAAUCCUACAAGGAAACAUCGGCGUACUUGCUUUUGGUACCGCCACUCUUUUCUAAUGCCUGUUCCCUGUGUUAUUACUAUUCGCCAUUUUUGCAGUUUUAAUAUGGCAGAGACAGAAAAAUAUGCAAAUAUCAAAAGAAAACUCAAAACAUGGUUGGUUUUAAAAAAAAAUGUGUGAUAGGUCUAUGAACAUGUAUCCCACUAGCAUGUAAUUUACUGUUUAUCAUUUAAUGACGCUGAUACAUUCUUUAUUGUUUUACACUUAUCUGAGUAUUUCCGUUUCAGAGUAGUAGUUUCGAUCAUGCGUUUGAGUCAGAGAGAGUAACACAGACCAGGAGCCGACUACACCAGCAAUUUGCAAAUCCAAAAUUAGCCCAGUUAUAACCUGAAGGAAAACUAUGGAUAUUUACAAUUUAAAAGGAGUUGCACCACAGAAACUAGUUCCUAUGCUCUGCUUUAACUGUUGCAUAGCUAGCAAAACCAGCUAAUAAAAUGAAACUGCUGACUUUGAUUGGAUGAUGCUGCAGAUGUUUCUUGUUAAUUUACAAAACAAGACAAAACACUUUACUAGCUAGAUACUGAAACCAAUUGGUGUGGCCCAAUCCUGUGAACUAUGGGCAAAAAUCAAGUGGCAGUCCAAAGGAAAUGCCGCUGCAAGUUAUCACUGUCAUUGCUCAUUUACCGCAAGUGCCUAAAUAAGGUUAAAAGUUGGCAGAAAGUGUAAAUCUGUUCACUGCAGUAAUGACUUUAGGAAUCAGUCCACUCUUUCUUUGACCUUUCUCAGUCCAUCUAAGCAGUUUUCAGCAUUGAUUUUCUUUUUGUUCAGUACAGUGUUGCUUUACUCAGGUAUUCAUUUUUUCCCUCUCAGGCUGAGUUGCGUCCUCCUGCAUGAACACAGGUAUUCAUGUUAUGAUGUUUGAUGACUGAAUUUGGAGCCAGUGGUGCAGUAUUACUGUCUGAAUUGAGAAACACAGCGUAGAUGUCAUAUUGUACUAUUUUCUGUGCUGUAAUUGCAGUAGUAAGUGCAGCUGUAAUUGUAAUCAGUUGUAUUUUUAUGUACUGGGUCAGGUGUGUAUAGUGCAGUAUCUUUCAAUUUGCUGUUUGUGCCUUUAUAAAUGAUUGUUGACUGUUUGAGGCUGUAGUGUCUUUCUAACUGUUGAUGCUAUGACCAGCUCUGCGGGUGCAUGUAAUAAAAUUAUUCUACAACCAAA